AUGCAGGACAAGAAAGAGUUGCGCAUUCUCACCCCAGUGGGAAUGCUGGGAUAUGGCUUCAGUGAGCCGCUGUUCUGGCAAGCCGUCGACGCCGGGGUGGAUGCGAUUGUGUUGGACAGCGGAUCGACCGAUGGUGGACCAUCACGACUUGCCCUGGGAUCUACGACAUUUCCGACCGAGCGAUAUGCUCGCGAUCUGGCCAUUCUGAUCGCAGCUUGUCAUUUCAAUCGCGUACCCGUCAUCAUCAGCUCGGCCGGAGGCAAUGGGGAGGACGACGCGGUCGACAUGUUUGUCGACAUUAUCAACCAAAUCAUCGCCGAGAAGCACUUUCGACCGCUGAAGGUGGUCACGAUCAAAUCCGGAAUCUCCAAAGAACUAGUCUCGCAAAAGGUGCAGGCCGAUCAGAUUGUGCCUUGUGGCGCGGCGCCUCCCCUGCAGGAGGAACACCUGGUCCAGGCCCGGUUGCUUGUCGCCCAGAUGGGGCCCGAGCCCUAUGUGAAGGCGAUGCAGGAGCAUCCGGAUUUCGACAUCAUCAUCGGAGGACGCUCGUACGAUCCAGCCCCCUACGUCGCGGCUUGUCUGUACCACGGCUUCACGGAUCUGGGGGUCAUCUACCACAUGGGCAAGAUCAUGGAGUGUGGGGCGUCAUGUGCCACGCCCAAGUCCCCCGAGGCCCUGGCGGUCAUUCGCAAGGAGCCCUCGUGCUUUGAGAUCACCCCGCUCAAGCCCAGUGCGCGCUGCACCAAGAAUUCGGUCGCUGCGCACGCCUUGUACGAGAAUGCUCGUCCUGAUAUUCUACACGGACCGGGCGGUGCCUUACUCCUGGCCGAUGCGUCCUAUGAAGAACUGGCCGAUGGCCGGACGGUGCGAGUGUCCGGAGCGCAAUUCCAGAAGUCUGACCCCUACAUGGUCAAGCUGGAAGGGGCGCGAGUCAGUGGAUAUCACGGUGUUGUUAUUGGAGCCGUUCGAGAUCCGAUUCUGAUCCAUCAAAUCGACUACUUCACCACGGAGGUGGUCAAGGCGAUGCACGAGAAGCUGGAGUUUGAUUUCGACUGCCGGAUGCAUGUCUACGGCAAGGAUGGAGUCAUGGGAGCUCUCGAACGAGAUCGAUCCACCAUCCCCAAGGAGGUGGCCAUCAUCGCCCAUCUUCAUGCGCAGACCCAGUCGCAGACCACCGAAGCCUGCAAGCUGGCGCGAACUUACCUCGUCCACGGACCCUACCCCUACCAAGCGGCCACGGGCGGCAAUCUCGCCAUGCCCAUCAACCCGAGCAAUUUGACACUGGGACCGGCCUGUGAAUUUUGCGUCUACCAUCUCAUGCAGGUGGACGAUCCGACCUCCCACUUUCCGAUCACCGCACAAUGGACGCCUGUAUUGUCGGAGGACCAGGGACAAUUGGCAGUGCACCCGAGAGACAGUCUGCAGCGGAAGAAUGGAAGGAAACUCAAGGACCGCCCGAUGCCCCCCUGCGAGCUGGGCUCCAGAGAUGUUUUCCUCCAACCGCCCCCAUCUCCAGGCCAUCGUUACCUCGGCGACAUUGCUUCGGUGGUGCGGAGUAAGAACGCUGGUCCGUUUGAGCUGACCUUUGACGUCCUCUUUCGCGAUCUCAACGCGCUCGAGAAGGUUCGCUCGACAGACGUGCUCAAUGCCGACACCAUCGCUCGUCUGUACCAAAUUCCGACGGAAGAGGUCCUGGUGUGCAUGUACUGGCCCUCCGCCUGUGCUUUCAAGGCGACGAUCAAGCGACCGAUCGUGUGCGGAACUUUCGGGGAGACGGACACUCAUGGGUCGCAGCAGCAUGUUCCAUUAUUGUAUCUGGAGGUUCCUUGGGCGGAGUGA